GAAGCCUUCGGCUCAUUGAUUGGCUGUGAAGAUCAGGAGCACGGUAUAUAAGCUCAGCAGAUACCUGUUGCUGGUUAUGCUGGAAAAGGAGCGGAGCUGCUUCACCUUUACUAGAAAGACACGAUGACGACACAAACACAGACAUACCUGGAGAAAGCCUUCCUCUCGUCGGUGGCGGUGCUGCUUCUCCUGGCCACGGUUGGACAAUCUGCAGAAGUGACGACUGAGCUCCAAGCCACAGCGACGCCUCCUCCAACAGUAUCACCCAUGAACAACACCACGGAGCAACCUCGAGUCCUGCAUUUGCACAAACCCUGCGGGAGCGAACACGAAACGUUCUGCGCCAACGGGGGCACGUGCGUGUACCCCCAAGACAACGAGAAACCAUUUUGCAUCUGCACGUCUUCGUUCGUCGGGCCUCGCUGCAUGCUCACCAGCGAACAAACCAUGGUCCUGCCCGAGUUCGAGAAAAUGAUCGCCGUCAUCUUGGCUGUGGUCAUGCUGCUCCUGAUCCUGGCCAUUGUGAUUUACUGCCUGGCCUAUAGAAGGUGUGUAAAAUCGGCGCCGCUAAUAAAAUCUGCACCGUCUGAGAUCUCAGUGUGACCUCCGCAAAGCUUCCUCCUCGUCACCACCUUCCUCCCUCCCGUUGCCACGGUUUCAGCCUCGUCACCACUGGAAAAUAACAUAAACCAUGAUAUUCCAUCUCACUGAACUGUCUAAUUCACUAAUCGCUGAUCGAAAAGGCAGCAGAGACGAUUGAACUUUUCAAGUGAUGUGCAUAUAAAAAAAAAAAAAAAAAUACAACUUUGCCGUGGACAGAGGACAUCUGAGUCGAGGAAACUCUGUUAGACCUGGUGGUUGUGUUAAAAAGGCUCAAAUGUCAACCAAGUUUUCAUCCCUUUAAGAAUAUGAGUGCAUA